CGUACACAUAAACGGGUCUGAUUUACCGCGUUGUCUUUCGGUGUAGUCUCUGUACAUGAGAUAAGCUAAAAAAUAUCACUAAUUUCCUCAGUUUUUCGCUAAACUGUCACUACCAUUGCCAGAAUGGAUACGUUAAACCAUUUUGUCCAACGAUAUCCCCAGGUGUUGUACAGCGCUACGGCGUUUGUAGCCGGUGGCGCGCUCAUCUACAAGCUUGCUAACAGGAGGAAGCCCCUGAAUCUUAAGGUGAACUGCUGGUUCUGCAACCAGGACACUAUAGUUCCGUAUGGGAACAGGAACUGUUGGGACUGUCCCUGCUGUGACCAGUACAAUGGCUUUCAGGACAAUGGGGACUACAACAAGCCCAUUCCGGCGCAGUACACUGAGGAUCUGAACCACGGUGUGUCCGGUAGCCUGCCUACGCAAGCAUCUCCUGGUAAACUGCAAUGGGUCAACUCUAAGAUGCUGUUAUGCAGGAAGUGCAAUCACAACCAGUCAACUAAGCUCAAGCUGUUGUCCUCAUUCAUGCCAAAGAAUGAUGAGAACUACGACGAGGAGGUUGACGCAUACAAGUGUCACUUGGAGGAGCACUACAAGCUAUGCAGGCCGUGUCAGGCAGCUGUGGACUACUACAUCAAGUAUCAGAAUCGUCAGCUAAGGACUGUGUUGCUCAGCAAUCAGCUUCGACACACCCAAGAAUCUCUUAAGGGCUUCAUAAAGGGCUAUUUCUCUGGUUCUUGUCCACUUGGGGUGGUGGUACUCCGAUGCCUUGCCAUGCUCAUUUGUGCUUUCUUGCUUACUACAUCUUUUUAUCAACCUGCCGACCAGCCGGCUGCAUCAAGUGGAGGGCUGAAAUCACCCAAACCCUCCAUCCGCAAUGUGUCCGAUAGCAGCAGUGAGAGCGUUGGAGGCCUGCUUGGGAUCCUCUCAUUUCCUCUUGUUGAUUAUGCCAAACUCCUGUGGCUCUGCGGACAAGCUAAUCAGAUGGUGGUCGUUUGUGUCGGUGUGUCAUUGUGUCUCAUUGGUAUCCUCUUGGGAGGAACCACCAGGUUAAGGAGAAUCGACGCUGUGUCCUCUGUGCUGUGGUUCCUUGUUCUGUGUUGGCAUCUGCUGGUGGAGUACAUGGGUAGUGAUGGGUCAAGCUGGACGAACACAGCCAAGCACAUCACCACCGGCCUCUGUUGCAUCGUCAGCUUUGCCGCUGCCGUAGCAACGCGCAACCCCCUGGGUCAACGAAGAGGCAGAAAUCGAAGAUACCUCGAGGGUUCUUCAGUGCGUUCCCUAAGCAACCAGCCCGCUAUGCUCACCCCAGAAAUGAUUCGCUCCUUCGUUCCCUCGCCUCCUCCCAACAUUUCCAAACUCAUCAACCACCAAAAGGCUCCCCCGAAAGGCAAGGAUUACCUCUCCUCCCUGCCUCGUCGUCUCAGCAGCGCCCUCUGUCUCGGCACCAUCUCCACCUUCACCAGGACAGAUUCAGGCUACUUGUUCAGUGGAAGCAGACCAGCCUCCCUCUACAAAGACUCCCCUCCCUCAGACUACUUUUCAAUGAAGUCGUGUAGUCGGCCAUCAUCACCUGGGCCCUCGCCGACUCCCUCAGUGGAUGGCUCUGGGAUUUCCAGCUCCUGUUCGACCAGACAACGUCGCCCUCUCAUCAGCCCAGCGCGUUUCAACCUCAGCAGUCAGAAGCCACCAAAGCUGUACUCGAUGGAUACAGAGUCCAUGUUGAAGUCCCCUCUGGUGUCCUCAUCGCAUUUUCUCCUCGCGGACCAGACUUCUGCUUGCAGUGGCCGCAUUUCACCAGACAUGUCACUCUUCCAGAGCCAGAGUGAUUUGGCUUCAAUACUUAACGAGAGGGGUGUGAAGACGAAAGAGAGCAGCUCCUCGGGGUCUUUAACUUGCCUGGUUGGCACAACCACAGCAGUACCAAAGAACACACGCUUCUCUCAAAACAUUAUGACGCGCCAAGUCUGGAUGGUACUUUUGUUCGCCAGCCUCAGCACCAACCUGUUGUUUGCCGGCCUGUGGAUAUUUUACAACUGGAGAUGAACUAGCCAUUGACUGGUCCGGUCCAUCCGGACUGUUAUUUCUUCUGGGGGUGUCACUUGGUAAGAAACCUCUUGCUCUUUACCACUGCCCCCGUCAGAUACUCUACAUCAUUUCUCAUGUUUUAGGAGUCAGGUGGAGUGCCUAACUAAAACACAGUGAGGCUUUGCUUCGUCUUUCUCUGACAUGAGCACAAUGGUGUUACAUGUGCAAUAACAUGCUGUUCACUGCUCACUCCAUUGUGUCCUACUGUACCCCCUAAGACAGUCACAACCUUAAUGUACAGUCACCAUUGGGUUUCCUGUCACACCUGUACUCUGGUUUGUUUAUGCCCACUUUGAGAUGUUUGCCAAAGAUCUUGUAGUGCAUAUUUGAUUUACGUAUUAUAUGCAUUAUCUGUCUUUGACUGCAAUAGAAUGUAGCAUGUCACCAGGCAUUUGUUGAGUUGCAAGGGGCAAAACUACUACAUAGUGUUAAAGUCCACAAACACAUUGUUUAUAUUGACAGUACAUGAUGCACAUUUGCAUGAGAAUAGACUGUUUUUUGUUUGUUUGUUUUUUUAAUGGCAUUUUGAAAGCUUGAUGCAAGUAAGCUACCACUCCUGAACAAUUAUGGGUUUUGGAUGUGUCACUUGCACUUGAUUGUUGGGUUUGGAGCGGGGUUCUUGAAAGUUACAUUGACAAGGUGCUUAGUGCAAGAAAUGACUGUGAUUGAAAUGAGUGCAACAUCAGUGGUUUUUAGGACUAGGUGGAUCAACCCCCGAAUGAACAUGCUGUACAUACCAGGGUAUGAAUGUUAACGAUGUAUGCAUCAGUUAUCACGAAGCUGUAGUGAUGUAUGGCGACGUCGUGGGUGGGGGGUGGUUUUCAAACUUUCUUGGUGUCGUCAGGUGGCCGCCGUCCUUCAUUGGUGUUUCAAUGAUAGGCCUACGACACCUACAGAGAGCUCAUCGGCAACGCCUGGUGUCUCAGGUGUGCCCCCCCCCCCCCUGAUGUUACUUUGCGGCCCAGGAGAUGUCUCGCCUCUUCACCCAGAGCCACCGACUAGCUUUCUUUGCUGCUCCUGAGAGGGCUUUGAUAGUUUGGCGUUGGACUAGGCCUCGAAUUCCCAGAUCAUUGAACAUCCUGAUGGUAGACUUGUCCACGAACCCUCUGCAGCCAACUUCCAGGGGGCAAACCUUGGCUCUCCAUCCUCGUUUAUAAGCAUCGGUUGCCAGUUCGGUGCACUUGAACAAUGAAUAAUGCUUAUUCAACACUGUUGAAACCUUUUUAAAGGGUGUCUACACAGGGACGUGUCGUGUGUUACUGGCUUGUAAGUAUUUUCUUCCAGGAACUUAUUUAUGUUUAAUGUAAUUUACAUGUAAAAAUGUAAAUUAUUUUUUUCUGGAAAGAGAUAAACCUAUUGAUUACAGAUUUUCAUUUAUUUUGAAGGGUUUUUUUGUGGUUGAAGCAUAUUUUGAAGUGCUGUGCUCUUGUAGACUUGUUAAAAUGAAGGUUCUGGGAUCAUGUGUGUGUUUUACUGUAUGUUAUGAAUAUUGUCAAUGAAUAUUUUGUCACUGUGCAAUGCAAAAUGUGCUCUACUCUGUGGAACUGAUCCUGGAUCC